CCGGCGCCGGCCCGGGGCUGGUGUCCGGGCCACUCCUGCUUCAGUCUCCCCGCGUCUCAGAGGGUCUCCCAUGGGAUUGCCAGGACCUUGUUGUGUGAGAUGGCACUGUGUGCAAAAAAGCGCCCCCCAGAAGAAGAGAGGAGGGCACGGGCUAAUGACCGAGAAUACAAUGAGAAAUUCCAGUAUGCGAGCAACUGCAUCAAGACCUCCAAGUACAACAUUCUCACUUUCCUGCCUGUCAACCUCUUUGAGCAGUUCCAGGAAGUUGCCAACACCUACUUCCUGUUCCUUCUCAUUCUGCAGUUGAUCCCACAGAUCUCUUCCCUGUCCUGGUUCACCACCAUUGUGCCUUUGGUUCUGGUCCUCACCAUCACAGCUGUUAAAGAUGCUACUGAUGACUACUUCCGACACAAGAGUGAUAACCAAGUGAAUAACCGUCAGUCUCAGGUGCUGAUCAGUGGAAUCCUUCAGCAGGAGCAGUGGAUGAAUGUCUGUGUUGGUGACAUUAUCAAGCUUGAAAACAACCAGUUUGUGGCGGCGGAUCUCCUGCUCCUCUCCAGCAGCGAGCCCCAUGGGCUGUGUUACAUAGAGACGGCAGAGCUCGACGGGGAGACCAACAUGAAAGUGCGCCAGGCGAUCCCCGUCACCUCGGAGCUGGGCGACAUCAGCAAGCUUGCCAAGUUCGAUGGGGAGGUGAUCUGCGAACCCCCCAAUAACAAACUGGACAAAUUCAGCGGAACCCUGUACUGGAAGGAGAGCAAGUUCCCCCUGAGCAACCAGAACAUGCUGCUGCGAGGCUGUGUGCUGCGAAAUACAGAGUGGUGCUUCGGGCUGGUCAUCUUCGCAGGUCCUGACACUAAGCUGAUGCAGAACAGCGGCAGGACGAAGUUCAAGAGGACAAGUAUUGACCGGCUGAUGAAUACGCUGGUGCUCUGGAUCUUUGGAUUUCUGGUCUGCAUGGGGGUGAUCCUGGCCAUCGGCAAUGCCAUCUGGGAGUACGAGGUUGGGACACGCUUCCAGGUCUACCUGCCCUGGGACGAGGCGGUGGACAGUGCCUUUUUCUCCGGCUUCCUUUCCUUCUGGUCCUACAUCAUCAUCCUCAACACCGUCGUGCCCAUCUCGCUGUAUGUCAGUGUGGAGGUCAUCCGGCUGGGCCACAGCUACUUCAUCAACUGGGACAAGAAGAUGUUCUGCACGAAGAAGCGCACGCCCGCGGAGGCGCGCACCACCACCCUGAAUGAGGAGCUGGGCCAGGUGGAGUACGUCUUCUCCGACAAGACGGGCACCCUCACGCAGAACAUCAUGGUCUUCAACAAGUGCUCCAUCAGCGGCCGCAGCUACGGAGACGUGUUCGAUGUCCUGGGACACAAAGCUGAAUUGGGAGAGAGGCCCGAACCCGUUGACUUCUCCUUUAAUCCUCUGGCGGACAAGAAGUUCUUGUUUUGGGACCCCAGCCUCUUGGAGGCUGUGAAGAUGGGGGACCCCCACACGCAUGAGUUCUUCCGCCUCCUUUCUCUGUGUCACACGGUCAUGUCGGAAGAGAAGAGUGAAGGAGAGCUGUACUACAAAGCCCAGUCUCCGGACGAGGGCGCCCUGGUCACUGCAGCGAGGAACUUUGGGUUCGUGUUCCGCUCUCGCACCCCCAAGACCAUCACCGUCCACGAGAUGGGCAUAGCCAUCACCUACCAGCUGCUGGCCAUCCUGGACUUCAACAACAUCCGCAAGCGCAUGUCAGUGAUAGUGCGCAGCCCUGAGGGGAAGAUCCGCCUGUACUGCAAAGGGGCCGACACCAUCCUACUGGACAGACUCCACCGCUCAACCCAGGAGCUGCUCGGCCCCACCUCAGACCACCUAAACGAGUAUGCAGGGGAAGGGCUGAGGACCCUGGUUCUGGCCUACAAGGAUCUGGAUGAAGAGUACUACGAGGAGUGGGCUGAGAGACGGCUGCAGGCCAGCCUGGCCCAGGACAGCCGGGAAGACAGGCUGGCCAGCGUCUAUGAGGAGGUUGAGAGCAACAUGAUGCUGCUGGGUGCGACAGCCAUCGAGGACAAGCUUCAGCAGGGGGUUCCAGAGACCAUCGCCCUCCUCACUCUGGCCAACAUUAAGAUUUGGGUGCUAACUGGGGACAAGCAAGAGACGGCUGUGAACAUUGGCUACUCCUGCAAGAUGCUGACAGACGACAUGACAGAGGUGUUCAUAGUCACUGGCCACACUGUCCUGGAGGUGCGAGAAGAACUCAGAAAAGCCCGGGAAAAGAUGCUGGACUCAUCCCGCGCGGUAGGCAAUGGCUUCUCCUACCAGGAGAAACUGUCUUCUUCCAAGCUGGCUUCUGCCCUGGAGGCCGUUGCUGGGGAAUACGCCCUCGUCAUCAACGGUCACAGCCUGGCCCACGCAUUGGAGGCAGACAUGGAGCUGGAGUUUCUGGAGACGGCAUGUGCCUGCAAAGCUGUCAUUUGCUGCCGGGUGACCCCCUUGCAGAAGGCGCAGGUGGUGGAACUGGUGAAGAAGUACAAAAAGGCUGUGACACUGGCCAUUGGGGAUGGGGCCAAUGAUGUCAGCAUGAUCAAAACGGCUCACAUUGGUGUGGGCAUCAGUGGGCAGGAAGGGAUCCAGGCUGUGCUGGCCUCCGAUUACGCCUUCUCACAGUUCAAGUUCCUGCAGCGCCUGCUGCUGGUGCAUGGGCGCUGGUCCUACCUGCGCAUGUGCAAGUUCCUCUGCUACUUCUUCUACAAGAAUUUCGCUUUCACCAUGGUCCACUUCUGGUUUGGCUUCUUCUGCGGCUUCUCGGCCCAGACCGUGUAUGACCAGUACUUUAUCACCCUGUAUAACAUUGUGUACACCUCCCUUCCAGUCCUGGCUAUGGGGGUCUUUGAUCAGGAUGUCCCAGAACAGCGGAGCAUGGAGUACCCCAAGCUGUACGAGCCGGGCCAGCUGAAUCUCCUCUUCAACAAGCGGGAGUUCUUCAUCUGCAUUGCCCAGGGCAUCUACACGUCCGUGCUCAUGUUCUUCAUCCCCUACGGGGUGUUCGCGGAGGCCACCCGGGACGAUGGCACCCAGCUGGCCGACUACCAGUCCUUUGCAGUCACUGUGGCCACAUCCCUGGUCAUCGUGGUUAGCGUGCAGAUCGGGCUGGACACUGGCUACUGGACGGCCAUCAACCACUUCUUCAUCUGGGGCAGCCUCGCAGUUUACUUCGCCAUCCUCUUCGCCAUGCACAGCAAUGGACUCUUUGACAUGUUUCCGAACCAGUUCCGGUUUGUGGGGAACGCCCAGAACACACUGGCCCAGCCCACGGUGUGGCUCACCAUCGCGCUCACCACAGUUGUCUGCAUCCUGCCUGUGGUCGCCUUCCGGUUCCUCAGGCUGAGCCUGAAGCCAGAUCUCUCGGACACGGUCCGCUACACCCAGCUGGUGAGGAAGAAGCAGAAAGCGCAGCACCGCUGCAUGCGCCGGGUGGGCCGCACGGGCUCCCGGCGCUCGGGCUAUGCCUUCUCCCACCAGGAGGGCUUCGGGGAGCUCAUCAUGUCGGGCAAGAACAUGCGGCUCAGCUCCCUGGCGCUCUCCAGCUUCACCACGCGCUCCAGCUCCAGCUGGAUCGAGAGCCUGCGCAGGAAGAAGAGCGACAGCGCCAAUAGCCCCGGCGGUGGGGCCGAGAAACCCCUCAAGGGGUGAAGACCGGACUGGGCGCAGCACGCAGGCCGGGCCCCAGGGACGGCCGCUUGGGCCUGCUGUCCUCACGCCUGACCUGCCGCGGCCCUGCCGCAGGGUGGUGGAGGGACCUGGGCAGAGCGGGGCUCGGCGUGGGGCACAGCCCCGAGGGGACCAGCUGUGGAGCCGAAACGGGGAAAAGUGGCAGCACGUCUGCCCCUGCCUGGCCGGGCCCCACAGGGAGACUCUAGUCUUAUUUUUUUACUCCCAUUCCUCAGGGGGCCCUAGAGCCCCUGUUCCUGAAUUACACAAGAAUGUAUCAUGCCGGGAAGCCAGAGACCUGCUGGGCUGCAGGCCCCUUGCGUUACGUCUGUCUCCUUCAUUUGUGUUUGUACCUAGCUUGGUUUUACCUUUUUUUUUUUUUUUUAAUUUAGCAGGCAGAGGAGAACUUUAUGUGACUUUUCUGUUAAGUUGGUGUUUUAACUCUCCCAGGAAGAGGGACCUAUCUGCCGGCAUGGUUCCCUUGUGGGACAGAGGGGCCGCAGCCAGCCAGGCCGUCCGCUGAGUGGGGAAGUACGAGGCUUCGAUCCUCACCCUCCUCACCCUGAACAGGGAGCGUGCCCUGCCCCGCGCACGUACAUAUCAGUUCCUGAUCCUGUAAGUUCUGCUGGUGCUGGGCCGGAGCUGGACAGUGGCCCUGUCACUCUCAGCAAGCGGAAGCCAUGUGUGAGAUUUAGUCAAGGGGAGGUGAUGUUCUUUUAAGUGGAGUCCCUAGUUCAUCAGCAGAUUCCCUUCCCCGCUUAGGUGGCACCGCAGGACCCCGAGAUGGAGGAACGGGACAGGAAGCAGAGCCAUGGAGGGCACUGGAAGGGAAGGGGAAGGCUGCCGCCCUGCUCCACCUCCCCAUGGGUGAGGUCCCACCCUUGUGCCAGCGCCCGGGAGGAGCUGGCAGGGCCGUGUCCAGGGCUGAGGAGGAGGACGGCAGAACUGGGUGUAGGCCAGGAGACUGCUCAGGGCCAGGCUUGGUCAGGACCGGGCCCCACAACCUGGUCACAGCCUGGAGCUGUUUGCCAUUCAGGCAUUUCCCGAGGUGGUUGCUGCCCAGUGAGCCUGGGAAGAACCCGUCCAUUCGGGCAGCUGGGGUUGGUGCAGGGACCUUGCUGGGCAGUGGGGGAGGGAGGAGCCAAGGAGCUGGAGUGUGGGACAGGUGGGGUGGGGACCGGGAAAUCUUGGCAGGGAAACCCUUUGGCCACAGUUUACAAACUGAGUAUCAUGUCUGUAUGUGUGUCUCUCAAGGUGAGAGUCUGAU